CAUCGAUUCAGUCGCUAUAAAAUCGUCCGUCGUUAAUCAUGUGCAAAGGAGUUUUAUUUUGCGUAGUGUUGUUGGUGCUCGUAGACAGCUAUGCUUCGUUCCGAGUAAAGCGACAGUUCUUUGCACCUUCCGAUGAGUGCGUAAUAUCGCACACCGACAUCGAUGAGUUGGUGCAGCUGACGAAGGUGAUCGAGGGGCGUAAAUCUUCCCGCAAGCGCCCUCUCAAUCGGAAUCCCAGCAGCCCAACACAAACCACCACGGACGAAUGUAGCCGGAAGUUGGGCGAGUUUAAGGUCUCGAUUCAAGAUGUGCUCACUCGCUACAGCUCUAUGCAGAAGCCAUCCAUAUCGGCCAACCAUUACGAGCUGCUCAAGGCGCAGCAAGAGUCGGAGUUGACCGAUCUGAUGCGGCGUGUGGACAAUCUGGAACGCGAAGUUGAGCAACGCUUUCGGGCUGAGAUCGAACGGCUGCGCAACAGCUUGCAGCAGCUCAAACGACGGCUGAACGACAAUCUGCGUCUGCUGGAGCAGGAAAGGGAAGCGGGCCGGAAGGCACAGGAGGCACUGUGUGUGGAGUACAUUCAGGGGGGCAACAUUGAGGAGGCGGCCCGAAUCUACCGAGCACUAAAUGGAACGUACGAUAUGGCGCGGCUCACAAACGAUACGUAUCAGAUGGAUGCGGAUGUGGUGGGUUCGUUGGUAGAUUUUUUCGUAGCACUGCAAGAGGAUGGGCAACAAUUUGGGACGAUUGGUGGAUAUGAAAUGCUGUACAAGCUCCUGGAACGCAACAAUCAGCUUAAUCGGGAACGGAGUAGAAUCAUUUUUCACUCACUGGUGGGGCUGGAACAUUUUUACAGCGAUCCGGUAGAUAUUGGCCGCGUUGAAACUAUGCGCGUUAAAAUGAUAAACAAGCUGCAGUCGUUUGUCAAAGGAAAGGUUGCAGGAAGACGAUGAAACAACAAUAAUAUACCUCAUUUUACUGCAGUGUUUUUUUUCGAUCGUAGAUAGUGAAAUAAUAAUAAAAUCAAUUGAAAUAUCAAACAUA